AUGGAUGAAGCUACCGCAACCCAGACCUGGACCAGUCUGCAGACUGAGAUCGAGAGUACGCCUGGUCUAGCAGCCGCAUCUAAGGAAGAACGGCUCCAGUUCUUUCUACUUCAUCGCCAGAAGGCGUGUGCGGCUGCCACACGCUUCACGCAAUUGUAUAACGCCCAAUCUUCACUCUACAAGGCACCGAAGGACGUCGUCAGACUCAUUCUGGAGAUAUACGUCGAUUGCCACAAGGUCGCCGGACGCAUCACACCAGCUCUGGAGCUCAGUCACAUCUGCAAGCGCUUUCAUGAGAUAUGUACCGCAGAUGUCGCUUCGUUCUGGGCGGAUGUACCGGUGCCUAACGGGAAUGCCGAGCUCACUGCGUUGUUCAUCAAACGUUCUCUGAAGCUUGAUUCCCCCUACACGACAAACACCCUCACCCUACACUUCACAGUGCCUGCUGCUUUCUCAUGGUCGCCAUCGGAGGGUGGAUAUAUCCUGACCCAUCAAGCCGCCAUCGCCAACGUGUUGCCACACCUGUAUCGGGUAUCCGCGUUCACGUUCCAUACCACGCGCGGUAUGCCUCUCAGGCUUCCGGAGGCCCUACAGGCCCAGCUUUGGCCCUUGUUACGCGCGUCUCCGGGAGGUCUCCCACGCCUGACGCACUUUACCGCGGUUGCAGACGACUUUCUCGAUGAUAUAGGUCAGCUACCUGAGCUGGACCUAUCUAAACUUGAGUCGCUCAAUCUCAGCCGCUGCACUCUCCACGCCACGACUCUACCGCGAGGCACGUUGAAGGUCUUGCGCCUCGAGAAUUGCAUCGUUCGCCAAUGGGCCGACAUCACAGAUGCAUUGCAGACGCUAGACGCAAUGCCUUUGCUACAAGAGCUCAAGUUGCUGGUCGGUACCAAAUUCGACAUCAGCCGAUUAGACUUGGCGCGGCUGUCGGAGUUGCGCCAGGUGCGUCAGGCUGCCAAAGCCUCGGCCCUGAAGAAAGUCGACAUGUCGUUGGGCACCCCCCUUACAACGCUUUCUCUCCUGUCCGCUCUCAAUAUCCAAUGCGACAUACUCCGCAUAGGCAUCCAGGUCAAGACAACGCUUCUCGAAGAGCACCGCGCGGAAUGGCCAGAGCUCUGGCCAUUCUUCACAGAGAGCAUUGCGCACUCCAUGCGUGCCGCUGUGGUACUCGACCGUGCUGACUUAUUGGAGGACAGUGGGGACAGCUAUGUGUCACCACGUAUCGGUGUGGCCAGAUUCUGGAACGAGGAUGGUGAAGAGCUCUGCAUCGCCAUUCCUCAAUUCAUGAGCCGCAGCGGAAUAAAUCACCAAAGAGGUUCUCCACUCGCAGACCUUGUACGGGACAGCGCGGUGUUACGUGUGCGCCAAAUCCGUUCUGAUCCCAUGACCUUCGCCACUCUUGCAGAUGGAGGAGACAGAGUGGCCAUCAUGUUCAACCCCUUCCCAGACGUCGUUCAGGUCACUAUUGAGGGGUUGUACGUGUCUAGAGGCGAGGGCACGUUCAGAUACGGUACCUCCAGCUUCUUGACGGAGAGCUUCAUAGGGACCGGCUGGUUCCACGUGCUACUGGCCCUACCACAGCUCCAAUGCAUCAUCCUCAAAGACCUCGACUUCCUCCUUCUCCCAUCCCAGUCACCAGACGCCGUCAAUCCUAACAAUGAGCCCGACGUGCCGCUCUUGGCCACCUUCUGGGAGGCCAUGGUUCAGAGCACCAUUGAGAGGGGGAUCAUCAUCAAGAUCUUGCACUGCGUCAUAGAGAGGGGAGCUGUACAGCUGGCUAGGGACAGUCUCAUGGAUAAAGGAGAGGUAAUUUGGGAUGAAGAUACAGGAUUAGUAGACGCCGACGAUGCCGAUGACGGCAACGAUUGGGAAAGUGAUGAUUACUGA